GAAGAUGUAGCAUGUCUGUGUGCUUGUAGUAACUCCACUUGUUUCAGAGCCUUCAAGCGAGAUAACAAUACAUCUAUUCAUAUACAUUGCAAAUUCUACAUUUUCUUGACAUAUUUUUGCAUGUAGGUUGGGAUGAACCGCGCGGUUCAAGGACAUUGCUUGCAUACCACUUCGCCAGCCUGUGUCCUGAUCUGAACGAAUGCUGCGUUCAUGGCCAGCAAUGACGUUAUUUCCUGGGGGUGGCAGUGGGAGCAAAGUACUGCAGUUCUAGGGAACAGUGUAUGCGAGUCUGACAUAGGAGCAUUUGGUCCGGAACAACCUGCUGCACUAACUUCACAUUGUACGAAUAUAAUCGCAUGAAGAACUGUUUUUUUUUUUUUUUUUUACCAACGCACUUCAAGACAAAUUCAUUUGAUUCAGAUAGGUAUAUAUUUUGUACCGCCUCGGUUCGUGUGGACGUUUAGGCAGACUCAUAACGAACCAUGGCGGAGAGAAGUGGCCGGCUGAGCUUCGGUGGCGGGGCGCUCAACAGACCCGUGCCGAUGAACCUGUUCGCCACAUGGGAAAUAGAUGGCUCGUCCCCGAGUUGCAUCCCGAGGUUGUGCAGUCUGACUCUGAAGAGGUUGGUGGUCCUGAGGGAGUUGGAUAAGGAGCUCAUCUCUGUGGUCAUCGCUGUCAAGAUCCAGGGUUCCAAGAGGAUCCUGAGGUCCCAUGAGAUAGUGCUGCCCCCUAGUGGCUCAGUGGAGACUGACCUGGCUCUCACCUUCUCACUGCAGUACCCUCACUUCCUGAAGAGAGAGGGUAACAAGCUCCAGAUCCUGCUGCAGAGGAGGAAGAGAUACAAGAACAGGACUAUCCUGGGAUACAAGACCCUGGCUGUAGGAACCAUCGAUAUGGCUGAGGUGAUGCAGCACCCUACGGAGGGGGGCCAGGUUCUGUCUCUGUGCAGUAACCAGAAGGAGAUGCUGGGUAAAGUAGCUGAGAUCUGGAUCUUCUCACUGUCCAGUCAGCCGAUAGACCACGAAGAGGCCGCUCUGCAGGAAGGAACCAAGAUCAAAUGUUCAGAUACCUACUCGGAGGAGGAGUAUGAGAGUUUCUCUUCAGAGCAGGAGGCCAGCGAUGACGCUGUUCAGGGUCAGGACCUUGAGGAUGAUGAGUAUGAUGUGAGGAAGCCUAAGAAGCACAGGAGGUCUAUCGUGAGGACUGCCUCAAUUACCAGGCAGCAGAACUUUAAACAGAGACUGGUGGCCCUGAUCAAGAGGUUCCGAGUCUCAGACGAGGUGUUGGACUCGGAGCAGGACCCGGCUGAGCCCCCUCCAGAGGUAGAGGAGGAUCUGGACCUAGAGAGUCUGGAGUUUGAGAACCCCAGUGACAGUGGACCAGAACUAGACGAUGACGACAGUGUCCUCAGCACCCCGAAACCUAAACUCAAGCCAUAUUUUGAGGGUCUCUCCCUCUCCAGUUCGCACACAGAUAUUGGCAGCAUCCACAGCAGCCGGAGUCACAGAGAACCACCAAGUCCGAUGGACCCAGACAAGACUACGAACAGAGGCGACAAGUUCCAGGUGGACAAUGUCUCAGAUAACGCUUCUCUUCAGGAGGAGCAACAAGAGGCAGUAACCCCCACUACAGAGUUGGAGAUGGACAACAUGGACACCUUCCUGGAGAAGCUGCCCCCUACUGGCAAGAUGAAGAAGACCGAGUCCCUCAUCAUCCCUUCCAACAGGUGGCAGGAAGCUAAGUUGGCGGGGAGGAGAGGGAGAAGUACUUCCCUAAAGGAGCGCCAGCCCAACAGACCACAGAAUGAGAGAGCCAACAGCCUGGAUAACGAACGCUUGCUCGACACACGCUGCCAUCUACAGUGUAUUCCCCCUCCACAGAUCCCCAGGAAGACCGUGUAUGACCAGCUGAACCACAUCCUAGUGUCUGACCACCAUCUACCUGACAGCAUCAUCCUCAUCAACACAUCUGAUUGGCAGGGCCAGUAUCUGUCAGGUGUUCUCCAGAGCCAGCACCUCCCGGUGGUGUGUACCUGUACUACAGCAGACAUCCAGGCUGCCUUCAACACCAUCGUCUCACGCAUACAGAGAUUCUGUAACUGUAACAGCCAGACACCCAUCCCCAUAAAGAUAGCUGUGGCUGGGGCCCAACACUACCUCGGAGCAGUCCUCAGGCUGUUUGUAGACCACCUCUCUUACAAGACCCCUGAUUGGCUGGGCUACAUGAGGUUUCUCAUCAUACCACUAGGAUCUCAUCCAGUUUCCAAGUACCUGGGUACCAUCGACUAUCAAUACAACAGUUUAUUCCAGGAUACAGCGUGGACGGACCUGUUUCACAAGCCAGAAGCACCAGUCAUGGUGCAGGAGAGUCCAGAUGUGGUUUCCAGGGUAACCCAGUAUAUGGUCGCGGCCAAUGGAGCUCACCAACUACCCAUCGCAGAGGCCAUGCUCACAUACAAACAGAAGAGGAAAAAGAGCUUUCAUUUUGAUUUUGCAAUAAGCCCUGAUGAGGACUCGUGUCAGAAGUUCAUUCCCUUUAUCGGAAUGGUGAAAGUUGGCAUCGUGGACCAGUCAUCUGCAACAUCAGGUGACUCUGACGAUGCGUCCCCCAUGGGAAUGGUUUUCCACUCCUCCACCCCUCAGGUGUCCCCCGCCCUGAAGGAAGCCUCACCCACACCUCCCUCUUCCCCCUCAGUCAACACAAGCUUCAGUUCAUACAGUUCUCCCCAGGGGGAGCUGAUGGGACUACAGGUGGACUACUGGGUGGCUCCCUCCCCGGCUGACAGGAAGAGAGACAUGGAGAAAAGGGACUCGUCCUCCUCUAAGAACACUCUGAAGUGUACGUUUCGCUCGCUGCAGGUCAGCAGGCUCCCCCAGCCCGGGGCCCAGCCACAGCCCGCCAUGUCCAUGACCGUCGUCAUGAAGGAGAAGAACAAGAAAGUCAUGUUCCUGCCAAAGAAGACUAAAGACAAGGAUGUGGAGUCUAAGAGCCAGGUGAUCGAUGGCAUCAGUCGACUGAUCUGCACUGCCAAGCACCAGCAGACUAUGCUGAGGGUGCUGAUUGACGGCGUGGAGUGGAAUGAUGUCAAGUUUUUCCAGUUGGCGGCACAGUGGUCGUCACACGUCAAACAUUUCCCCAUCGGGAUCUUUGGACACACUAAAGGGCCUUACUAGCAGGCCCCGCAGGCAGCGACUAGAGCUAGUAUCCAUAGAGACCGUUACCAUAGUAGCGACCAUUACCAUAGUAGCGACCGUUACCAUAGUAGCGACCGUUACCAUAGUAGCGACCGUUACUAUAGUAGCGACUUUUACCAUAGACACUCAUCUGGAACUGAGGACGACGCCCCCGCUCUCAUGUGCCAAUAGCCUUUAACCUCCUAGCUCCGCUCUUUGCACUGCCCCGCCCCCCCAGUCUGCACUGCCCCGCCCGCACAUCAUAGCCUGGUCCCAGGUCUGUUUGUGUUGUCUUGUCAACGAUUUGCUUGACAAUGACCAUAGGAGUUGGCAAGACAGCACAAACAGACCUGGGACCCAAUGUCUUAAUUUAAGCUCCAGCUUUCCCUUGUGUUUUAUGUUAAUACGUUUUUGUGUUUUUUUUCUCUUCUAUAUGUAUAUUAUAAACCUUCCCGAGGCAAGGCUGUCAAGGGGACAUUUUGUUUUCUCACCAAGCUUUAAAAAUGUUUAAAAAAAAAUCCUGCUGAUAUUUUGAAAAACAAAUAGCAGAAACCUAAUGAAAUAAUCAUUUGAUAAAUUAACUAAUUAACUCCUAAAAAGCAAGUGCUCAACUUUUCAGCCCCCUCCCUCCCUCUCUUUUUUUUAUGUGGCGAAGAUGGAUCGUUUCAAACACUUUGCCAGGCACAAAUUAGCUAGAUAACUCUUUGUCAAGAUCACUUCGUAACCAAAGGCCCUGAAACGAUGGCUGGUGGAGAAGGGAGGAUGGAGGGUGGUAGAGGAUGACAACACAGAAGAGAUUGCUUAUCUUGUAAGGCUGGAAGAAGGAGUGGUCUGGAUCCUCAAAUUAAAUGACUUUAAGCCUAGACAUCCCUAGUCCUGGGGUGUAUUCACUAGGAACUAAAUAGAAGCAAACGGUACGGAGAGGGACCUACCUGAAUUUGUCCAAUAGGAACUCUUGUUUUCGUUACGAAACAUUUUCCAUUGUGAAACGUUUUUGCUACAGUGUGCACUUAUGAAUACUCCCCUAAUGACAGUGGCUCCUGUUAUAGCCGGCUACUGAGACUCUCUGCACUAAUCGGAUGUAGCCGGCCGCUGAGACUCUCUGCACUCAUCGGAUGUAGCCGGCCACUGAGACCCUCUGCACUCAUCGGAUGAAGACUGAAAUGUGCAAUAAAAUUAGCCUGAAAUCCAGACCUGUUUUUUGCUAACAUUCCACACCUUGUACUCCAUGUCAUAUGUUUGCCAAUCACAAGGAGUGGCAAGGAGUGGAAUGAUAGCACAAACAGAGAGGUACCAGGCUACAAUAUACUAUAUACGUCCUGUACAUCCAAUCAAUUAAAUGUAAAUGCAGCUCAUUGAGAUGGCACUGACCCUGCAAUGACAAAUGGUUGAUGCAUAUCUAGCACUCUAUCCUGCCCUCUCCCUCUUUUUCCCUCUUCCCAUCCCUCUCUCUAUCCUGCCCUCUCCCUCUUUCCCUCUUCCCAUCCCUCUCUCUCUCUAUCCUGUCCUCUCUCUCUCUAUCCUGCCCUCUCCCUCUCUUUCCCUCUUCCCAUCCCUCUCUCUUCCCCUCCCUCUCUUUCCCUCUUCCCAUCCCCCUCUUUUUCCCUCUUCCCAUCCCUCUCUCUUUCCAUCUUCCCCUCUAUUUCCAUCUUCCCCUCCCUCUCUAUUUCCAUCUUCCCCUCCCUCUCUAUUUCCAUCUUCCCCUCCCUCUCUCCUUCCCUCUUCUCCUCCCUCUCUCUUUCCAUCUUCCCCUCUCUUUCCCUCUUCCCCUCUCUUUCCCUCUUUCCCUCUUUCCAUCUUCCCCUCCCUCUCUCUUUCCCUCUUCUCCUCCCUCUCUCUUUCCAUCUUCCCCUCUCUUUCCAUCUUCCCCUCCCUCUCUCUUUCCCUCUUCCCCUCCCUCUCUCUUUCCAUCUUCCCCUCUCUUUCCAUCUUCCCCUCUUUCCCUCUCUCUCCUCUUUCCCUCCCCACCUUCCCCUCUUUCCCUCUCCCCCUCCCUCUCUCUUUCCCCCUCCCUCUCUCUUUCCCUCCCCAUUUUCCCCUCUCUUUCCCUCUCCCCCCCUCUUUCCCUCUUCCCCUCCCUCUCUCCCUCUCCCCCUCUCUCUCCCCCCUCUCUAUUUCGCUCUCAUUCCAUCCAUCCUUCUACCCUAUCCUGUUUCUCACAACAACCACGACAACACUCCUCUCGACACUCCACACACCUUCUGUCAGAAUACUAGACAUACAUUUAAACUUCAACCCACUCAUUAUCGGAGUCAUAUAUCUAGUGAGAUGGGACAUUGAGGUUUCUGCAUUUUACAUAACAUGGCUGCCAUAGAAUGUUGUAGCGUCAUCUCCCCCAUUAACAUGACAUGGAGAAUAUUUAAACAAUGAUAUGUCACUGAAUGUCUAGAAUUUAGAACAAUAUUCAACCUUCUAAAAGUUGUCCCAACUCCACAUAUAUGGCUCUGGUCAUUUGAUAAGAUCCCCAACGCUCGGUCUGAACAUUAAUUGGCAUCGCUUGCGGUGCGGUUUUGGAAGUAUAAGGGCCUUAUCUUUCAUAUCAGCGAGAAAUAAUGAUCAAAAAACCAAAGGUUAAAUUGAUACACACCUUUAUAGGGUUAGUGUGCCCACACGGCCAUAUCUAACUUUUUUAAACAGGUGUGUUCUAGAAAUGUGUUGUCACUGAAAAAUACUGUUGCUGCAACUGUGUUAAAAUCGGUUAAAAAAAAAAGGGUACAGUAAGUAGAGGGAUUUAUGUUUCUAGAACCGUAUCGCAAUUGAGAAUCGAUUCACGUUUAGAUGGGGUAUUUUUUGGUCGUUUUGGCUGCCAGAGAAAGUCUACCUUUCCCAAAAAAACAUAGAUUAAAUUUGCUUUGUGAAGCCUGGAAUGAUUUUCACGUUGAACUGGCAACUUGUAGUUUUCUCCUCUACAAGGAUAUAAGUAUUUUAAGUUCUGUACUAUAAAUAUAUCCUGUUUAUCUUGGAAAAGUGGAUUGUAAUGAAUGGAGGGUUCCCUUAUUAAAAUAUGUAGCCUAUUGUUAAAAAAAAAAGACUACCACUGUAAUCCUAAUGUUGGGGAUAAUAAAACUAGACUCUUAAA